AGUGUGAAUGAAACAUACAUUACAUGAGAGUUUAGUGCUCCAUAAUGUUAACAUCGCCUCGUUUUGGAUAAGAAUAAAUGUAAGGUCAUGCAUAAACUACCUUGUCUCUUUGAAUUUGAAUCUGAAUUUAUUCACAUUGGCCCAUGACAACCUCUAUGUGAACACACUUGCCCAAAAAAAGUGUGGGGGACAUGUCCCCCACGUCCCCUGCAUAUUCUACACCCAUGUGUGUCUGUGUGGGUAUAUGAUAGAGAAAGAGAAAUCAAAUCGCAAAUCAGCUCACGAGUGUCUUCUUGUUACUAUAGCCUCGUUGUCUAUCCCUCUUUGAGGUGUCAUUUGUUGUGGUAAAAAGCUAAAGAGUACAGCUUGCCUUACACUGACAGAAUCGAUAUGCUUUAACUGCUGGAACGAAGAGGGCAGCAGGGGCUCUCGUUAUGGGGUCGAAGAGGAUGACCACAUGCUGACAGGGAAAGAGAUCUAUGCAAGAACAGUAGUCUCACACAGUCCUGCAAUGUGUUUUCCUCCCACACAAACACAUAAAAGCUCAUACACUUGGGAUGUUUUGUCCAAGGGAGACGUUGCCAUUGCAACAAAAAUCAGAUAAGAAAAUGAUUUAUAGUGUAUAAAUAAAACAAAAAUAUUACGAAAUAUAUGAUCAGAUAGUGUGGAAGUAAGGGGGGUAACUAUGAAAUAUAUUUUUUUUCUGUUGUGUUGACUGCCCUGAUGUCUCUCUUUAUUUUUAAGACAGGGUUCACCCAAAAAUCAAAUCUCACCCUCAUGCCAUUCCAAAACAUAAUAACUUUCUUACUUCCAUGGAACACAAAAGAAAAUAUUUUGAAUGUCAAUGGUGUCUUACUGCUCAGUACUUGCAAAAUAAGUCUUGAAAGCCUACAUGGAAAAGAAUCAUAAGAUUGUACAUCUCAAUCCUGCCUGAAAAAAAGUGAUAUUGUUUGCCAUAUUACCCACCCCUACCCUGCGGUACACAAAUCUCUGACGUAAAACUGUCAAGAAAACAACAAUAGGCUUCAACAACUUUAUUGUUCAGGAAAAAGGUGGAUAAAGCUGAAUUGAUUGAAACACUGAAGGAUUUAGGGCAGUGUAUACUUGCUGAACUCUACUGCCCUGCCCUCUGUGAAGCAAGAGGAAAUAUAUCACUGGCAACAGGAAAAAACAAAGACUUGAUAUCGUUAUGUGGAUAGGAAGAAGGAAUGUGGCCAAGCGUUUUCCAGAUAAACACAAUGGACGUCAGAUGGGAACAGCUCGGCACACUCCGUCAGAGGCUGUUGUAUUUGGACAGUAUGGAAGCCACUGUUCAUUUCAGCAUUAAAGUGUGGCCAAAUAGAAGAUGGAAGUAGCCAAAACCAAACUCCACAUGGCACCUUGGAAGUAAGGAGACAACAUGGACACAGUUGUCACAUAGUCUUUUCUCUCAAUGAGAAGGAUUCGUGGAGAGCUUGUUGAGAAACUCUUGAAAGCCUGUCAUUCAAUGAAGUCCAGCCGCAAUCGCAGGGUUCGAGAGGAGAGAAUGAUACGCUUGACCAGCCUUCCUCUUCGGAGGCACUCUUGGAUAUGCUUUGAUGUGGACAAUGGCACAUCAUCAGGACGCAGUCCGCUGGAUCCCAUGGCCAGCCCGGGGUCAGGUCUCAUCCUCCAGGCCAACUUUGUGCACAGCCAGAGGAGAGAGUCCUUCCUGUACCGCUCUGACAGCGACUAUGACCUCUCACCAAAGUCUAUGUCCAGAAACUCCUCCAUCGCCAGUGACAUACAUGGGGAUGACAUGAUUGUUACCCCUUUUGCACAGGUUCUGGCAAGUUUAAGGACUGUCCGGAAUAAUUUUGCUGCUUUAACAAAUGUACAACAGGAAAGGGCCAAUAACAAGAGAUCCCCCAUGUGUAACCCACCUCCCAUCACAAAAACCUCCUACACAGAGGAGGCCUACCAGAAGCUGGCCACAGAGACCCUGGAGGAGCUGGACUGGUGCCUCGACCAGCUUGAGACCCUACAAACCAGGCAUUCGGUCAGCGAGAUGGCAUCCAACAAGUUCAAGAGGAUGUUGAACAGAGAACUGACUCACCUCUCAGAGAUGAGCCGAUCUGGUAACCAGGUAUCCGAGUUCAUCUCCAGUACAUUCUUAGACAAGCAACACGAGGUGGAAAUGCCAUCGCCCCAGUCCCAAAAAGACAAGGAGAAGAAGAAAAGGCCGAUGUCCCAGAUUAGCGGUGUAAAAAAACUAACGCACAGUUCCAGCCUUACCAACUGUAACAUCCCCCGGUUUGGGGUCAAAACUGAAACAGAAGAUGAGCUGGCCAAGGAGCUUGAAGAUGUAAAUAAAUGGGGCCUUAAUGUCUUCAAAGUGUCAGAAUUUUCUGGGAACAGACCUUUAACGGUUAUGAUGCACACAAUAUUCCAGGAGAGGGACUUGUUAAAGACGUUUAAAAUUCCCCUCGACACGUUUAUCACCUAUCUGAUGACUUUAGAGGACCAUUACCAUGCUGACGUUGCCUAUCACAACAACAUCCACGCUGCUGAUGUCACACAGUCCACUCACGUCCUGCUAUCAACCCCUGCCCUUGAGGCUGUGUUUACAGACCUUGAAAUUCUUGCUGCCAUAUUUGCCAGUGCGAUACAUGAUGUCGACCAUCCUGGCGUCUCCAACCAGUUCCUCAUUAACACUAACUCUGAGCUGGCCCUCAUGUAUAAUGAUUCGUCUGUGUUGGAGAAUCAUCACCUGGCUGUAGGUUUUAAACUGCUGCAGGAAGAGAACUGUGACAUCUUCCAGAACCUGACCAAGAAACAGAGACAGUCACUCCGCAAGAUGGUCAUUGACAUUGUUCUGGCCACAGACAUGUCUAAGCACAUGAAUUUGUUGGCAGAUCUGAAAACCAUGGUGGAGACCAAAAAGGUGACCAGUUCAGGGGUAUUACUGCUGGAUAACUACUCUGACAGGAUACAGGUCUUGCAGAACAUGGUGCACUGUGCAGACCUCAGUAACCCCACCAAGCCACUGCAGUUGUACAGGCAGUGGACGGACCGCAUCAUGGAAGAGUUCUUCAGCCAGGGGGACAGAGAGCGGGAGCGCGGCAUGGAGAUCAGCCCCAUGUGUGACAAGCACAACGCUUCAGUCGAGAAGUCACAGGUGGGCUUCAUCGAUUACAUCGUGCACCCACUGUGGGAGACGUGGGCCGACCUCGUGCAUCCAGACGCCCAGGACAUCCUGGACACGCUAGAGGACAACCGGGAGUGGUACCAGAGCACCAUCCCCCAGAGCCCCUCUCCAGCACUGGACACCAACAGCGAGGGCAGACGCGCCGCCGGCCAGGAGAAGUUCCAGUUUGAACUGACUCUGGAGGAGGACGGAGAAUCCGACACAGAGAAGGACAGCGGCAGCCCUCCUGAUGAAGAGGAGGAGGAGGAGGAGGAGGAGGAGGAGGAGGAAGAGGAAGAAAACAGCUGCAGUGACUCCAAAACCCUUUGCACACAGGACUCUGAAUGUACAGAGAUCCCCCUGGACGAGCAGGUGGGGGACGGACAGGAGGAUGAGGAGGACGAGGAGGACGAAAACGAGGAGGAACGGGAAUUAUCAGAACCCUGUGUUUUAGAGGAGGAGGAGGAGGAGGAGGAGGAAGACGACGACACUGCCAACACAUAACACAGUAUGAAACGGCAUCUGAACUUUUUUUAUAUUAGAGAUGAGAAACACUUAUUUAUGGUUAAGAUACUAGUUUUUUUUUCAUUGUCUAUUUUGCAUAUGUCAUUCAGAAGUGCUUUUUAAUGUCCACCUUUAACAUGUUUUUCUUUUUCAUUCCGCACUCUUUUUUUGAGUUUCAACCAUUGUUACACUCAGGAAUAUCUUUUCCACCUGUCAGUCAUACAAACAAAUGAAAGGUUAAAAAUCUUGUCUUUUAUUCCCGGUUUUGAGGUACCUUUUUUUUCUUUUUUUUUUUUUUUUUGACUGAAGCAGUAUUUUAAAAAACAUUUAUCUUAGAAAGCAGCUGUUUUUUCACCAACAAUACACUAUUUUUUCCUGCAAUUCGAAGCAUUUUAGCAGACAAACGCUUUAGGAGUGAAUACUUCAUGCUUUGAACUUCACGUCUUCCUGAUGCCUUGAAUGUGUUAUUGAUCUGGAUUUAGUUGUCUGUUGUGUUUGUGUAUCAAGGAUUAUUUGAAGUGAAUGACAUGGUACCAAAGUGAAAAAACAAACAAACAUGUGAGAUUAUUUUCACAUUUAAAUUACCAUAUUUGGGGGUAAAUAUGCAAAUGUGGUAAAAAUGUGGCAUAUCUUUUUUUUUUUUUUUUGACUUUGAUUUAAAUGGAUAGUUCACCGAAAAAUGAAUCAUUUUAUCAUUUACUCCCCUCACGUUGUUCCAAACCUGUAUGAAUUUCUUUGUUCUGCUGAACACAAAAGAAGAUAUUUGGAAGAAUGUAUUAUAACCAAGCAAAUCUCGCCACCAUUGACUACCAUAGUAGGAAAGAAAAAUACAAUGGGGGGCGAGAUCUGCUUGGUUACAAACAUUCUUCCAAAUAUCAUCUUUUGUGUUCAACAGAACAAAGAAAUUCAUACAGGUUUCGACAACUUGAGGGUGAAUAAAUGAUAACAGAAUUUUCAUUUUUGGGUGAACUAAUCCUUUAAAUGAAUACAUGACUUAAAACACGUCUUCUCAGCAUGGCCAUAUUUCAACUUUAAAAUUUUAAUUCCCCCAAGAACAAAAUCUCAUGAUUUUGUUGUAAAACAAUAGCUUGAAUAAGCCUUAAAUGUUUUUGGUGCCUACCAAAAAUGUACAAAAACACGCUAGUAGUGGAGUAAAAUUAUUCCUGGGUACCAAUUCAUGCAUGAACAAUGAGAUCUUAUAUUGUAAUUAAAUAAUAAUGCUGUUAAUAAUAAUAAAUAAUAAUAAUAAUAAUAUUCCAGGGCAUCAGUUCAUACAUAAGAAUAUAUUAUUAUAAUUAAAUAAUAAUGCUAUUAAUAAGAACAAUAACAUUAAUAUGAAUAAUAUUCAUUAUUAUUGUUAUUAUUCUUAUUGUUGUUAAUAAUAGCAUUAUUAUUUAAUUAUAAUAAUAAUAAUAAUAAUAAUAAUAAUAAUAUUAUGUAUGAACUGAUGCCCAGGAUGAUGAUGAUGAUGAUGAUUAUUAUUAUUAUUAUUAUUAUUAUUAUUAUUAUUAUUGCCUUGCUCAAAAAAUGUUUUGCAGCUGUUUGGUGCCAUGUCUCUGGCCAGUUAAACAGAAAACAACUGACAUUAAUGAUGAAGCUCAAUUUACUGGUUUCUGUUGUCACAUGAUCACAGGACAAUCAGCUGGCUUCAGUGCAAAGCCUCAUUGUAAGAGUGAAUCUAGUUGCACUGUACUUUUUCGUGUGUGUGUGUGUUUGUUCAUUGUAUUUUUGUUUUUUAUUGAUUGUAUUUAUUUUAUUUUUGACAUCGCCAAACAUUUCCAGUGAUAAUGAUUUUAACUGCUGCUUUACUCAUCUCUGUCAAGUGUCCUACUGUACAAACAUCCUCUUCUUUUUGUUCUAAUCAUGCUAGUAAUAUUUAUUAAUGCUCUUUGAUGUGCUUGUAGCAUAUUAAAGCAUUUUAAUCAAACUGUAGCAUCAGCAAGGCAGGCUUAUCAGUCAGUUUUCCUAAAUAUAUCAUUUUAAUUAUACAUAUGCAGUAACUAUACCUAAUCAAAUGUGUUAUGUAUGAUAUUGAAGCCUUUUGAAAGUACCCCUUUUUCAUUGAUUUAUUUAAAACUCAUUCUGUUGCCAAGAUGUUGUUGUUGUUGUUGUUGUUUUUUUUAAAUUAGUAGUUCAUAUUUUUUUAAUUGUCUCCAUUCACUACAUUGUUUCUCAUUUCUCUCUGUUUACAUACAUGUAUUUAUUGUGCUGUACAGUACAUAUUGUUGCUCUUAUGUUGUUGUAAAUGAUUAUAUCAUCCCUUUUGGUGAUGGUGUUGUAUUAUGGAACUCUUACUGAGAGAAUGUUUGUUAUUCUUAGUAUGUAAUGAUCCCAUUGAUAUGUGUCUCUAGAGAGAUUGCGUAGAGAAAGGGGAAAGCCAAAUUAUAGUCAUUAUUGUGUUUAUUUUUCAUUCUUUCUUUUUUAAAGAAAGUGGUUCCGUGGCCUGAGGGUUGUGCCUUAUCAGAUAGCUCUUUAGUUUUUAUCCUCUUGCUGCACUAAAGAAACUACUGGCUGGAAACUGACCUAGAUGUGUUUGUUGUGUUCCUCCUGUUUAUGUGGCAUAAAUGCUCCAAGGAAAGAAAAAAAACAAAACAAUAGUUGUCAGACCUCAUUGGACAGGGUAAAAGCAGGCCAGUGUGGUGGGUUUGGAUUUGCGACCAAUUGUAAGUCCAUCAUAUUUUCGUCUAUGCUGUGUUCAUCUGAUCGAAACAUUCAAGAACAUUGGCGUUUCAUGCAAUAUGAGAGAACAUCUUUCUGUUGGGGGAUAACAGGGCAUUUUGAUUUCCAGAUCCAGAAAGGGGUUAGAGCAUCCUUCACAAAAAAAAAAACUCUAAAUGCUCAAUUUGGGACUCAUUUUGACACAUAUACUGUAGAUUGUUUAUGACCCUAAAUGGAUGAAAUCAGUGUGUCCUUCUCGUCUCUUUUUAAAUCAUGAGAGAAUUACACAAACAAAAUUUGACAUAUUUAGGGAUAACUUUUUUUUUUUUUUUCCAAUGUGAAUUGAAUGAGAAAAUUGUCUGGAGGUUUCACAAGACUGUGUAGUUGUUUAUUGGACUCCUUGUUUAUCGCAGUCUAUUGGAUAGAACUGUAGAAAUCAAAUUUACGUACGAAAACUGGUAAAAUCCAAUAAAAAUGUUUUUUAUAUGCACCAAAAUAAAAGCAUGGGUUGACUCUA